AUGAAACCAUUGGGUAAGCUGAAAAAUUUUCAACUUCAUAUUCCGAUUGACGAGUCUGUUCCACCUGUAAUUCAACCUUUUCGACGCAUUCCCUACGCACUUCGAGCUAAAGUUGAGAAGCAAAUCAACGAAUUACUAGAAGCUGAUGUUAUCGAACGAGUUGAAGGGCCCUCACGUUGGGUUUCGCCGAUUGUUCCAGUAGCUGACGGUGAAGACGAUAUUCGAUUAUGCGUUGAUAUGAGACGAGCAAACAAAGCGGUUCUAGACGAGAAAUUUCCCCUCCCUGUGAUGGAUGAUUUAGCUCCGUUGUUAGCUGAGGCUACGGUAUUCAGCAAGGUCGAUCUUAUCAGAGCUUAUCAUCAAGCAGAAUUAGACGAAGAAUCGCGAGAAAUUACUACGUUCAUCACGCACCUGGGUUUAUUUCGAUAUAAACGACUUAUGUUCGGUCUCACCUGCGCUCCAGAGAUGUUUCAACGAAUUCUCGAAGGUGUUUUAAGCGGCCUAAUUGGUGUAUUCAACUUUAUCGAUGAUAUUUUCGUAUUCGGUAAAACGCAAGAGGAGCAUGACUUAAAUCUUCGAAAUCUACUUCAUCGUUUAGAAGAACAUGGACUGACAAUAAAUCCGAAGAAAUGUCAGUUUCGUAUGAAUGAAGUUACGUUCCUGGGUCAUAUUAUCAAACCUGGUGUAAUCCAACCUGGUUUUGAUAAAGUUGCUUCCAUUAAAGAAUUUCGAUCUCCAGAAACACCUGAAGAACUACGAAGUUUUAUUGGGUUAGUUUCGUAUGUUGGUAAAUUUAUCCCACAUUUAUCAACUGAACUUGACCUGUUACAACGUACUGCUCGUGAAUCGCCAUUCAAAUGGGACGCAGCUGAUGAACAAGCGUUCGUUCAUAUUCAGUCACUUCUCAGUGAUGAAACUCACCUCAGCUUGUUCGAUCCUACGUUAACAUCCAUCGUAAUGGCAGAUGCGAGUCCGGUGGGUCUAGGAGCAGUACUUUUACAACGAAAAGGUGACGAGGUACGUGUUAUCUGUUACAUAAGUAGAUCGUUAUCAGCAGUCGAGCGUCGGUAUUCGCAGACGGAGAAAGAGGCGUUAGCCCUUGUUUUUGCCGUUGAACGAUUAAAAAUAUACCUACUUGGACGAACAUUCGAGUUAGUGACAGAUCACAAACCCUUACAGACGAUUUUUGGUACAAGGUCAAAACCAUGCGCUCGUAUAGAGAGAUGGGUGCUACGGAUGCAGGGAUUCAAGUAUGUUAUUCGAUAUGCUCCUGGAAAAAACAACAUAGCUGAUCCUCUUUCUCGUUUACUUCAAACAUCCACAGCUACGCACACUAUCAACGAUAUGUACGAAAAAAAUCUUAUCAAUUUCGUAACCCAGUUGGCUCCAAAAGCUGUUACUCUACGUGAAAUUCGGAAAGCGACUGAAAACGACCCUGAAUUAUCGAAAAUAUGCGAUAGUUUAAUUUCAAAUCAAGAAAUUAAAUUAAAACCCUUCUCCGCAAUAGCUUCAGAAUUGUGUGUCGUUGAAGGUGUUCUUCUUCGUGGUGUUCGAAUAAUUGUACCAGCGGAAUUACGCGAUCGAGUGUUACAAAAUGCUCACGAAGGGCACCCUGGUAUCAAUAAAAUCAAAGACAGGCUACGAUCGAAGGUAUGGUGGCCGAACAUUGAUAAACAUGCUGAAACGUGUGUCAAAACGUGCGAUACAUGUCAAAAAGUUGGCAAACAGAUUGUUACUGAUCAAAUUUCGCGUCGUGAUUUUCCUGAUGGCCCCUGGCAGCAGCUCGCGAUUGAUUUCAAAAGUUUGCCGGAUGGCAAAGAGUUAUGCGCAGUUGUUGAUUAUUUCUCCAGGUAUGUCGAAGUGAAAAUUAUGAAGAGUACCACUGUCGAAGAUACUACUGUUUUUCUCGACGAAUUAUUUGCUAGACACGGAAUACCUUCAACUAUAACCUCCGAUAACGGACCUCAAUUUCGAAAUAAAUUUGAGGAAUAUUUACGUUCGUUAGGCAUUGCUCAUUACACUUCGUGUCCGUAUUGGGCAAGAGCUAAUGGUGAAAUUGAACGCCAGAAUCGGUCCUUGCAAAAGAUCAUUAAAAUUGCAGUGUUGGAGAAAAAGGAUAUUCAGUCUGAGCUAAAUAAAUACUUACUUAUGUAUCGUUCAACACCCCACUCAACUUUGGGGAAAAGUCCUGCUGAGCUUUUAUUCAAUCGUCGAAUUCAAGAUAAGCUACCUACCCUUCGGCCAUUCGUUGAGGAAGCGGAGGUUCGCGAGAAAGAUCGGCUGAAUAAAAGUAAAUCGAUUAUGGCGAGUGGAAAACCUCUUCCGCUCAAUCAGAAACUUCAAGUUGGUGAUGAAGUUUUAAUCGAACGUCCGUUUACCAAAAAUAAGUUUCAAAGUAAAUUCGAAGAUGAAAUAGGCGUAAUCGAAGCGAUAAAUGGUCCGGUUGUUAAUAUUGCAACGCCUACGAAAAAUAUUCAACGUCAUGAAAAUCAAGUCGAAAAAUAUACUCGUGCAAUGCCUGCAACUCCUACAACUCCGGUUCCAGAUAAUGUUCCUGUGUCAGAACCUGUCUCCGAUCAAGCUAAUGAUCCGCCGGAAGAACCUUUACUUCGCAGGUCAUCGCGAGUUUCAAAACCCCCAAAAUGGCUUGAGAAUUUUCAAAAUUAA